GAUUUAUAGUCUGAUAUGUUCGAAGUCGAAGGUCAUAGGUAUAGACAUUAGACACUUUGCCAAGUGGAAAUAAAUACAGAGGGGAUUUUGGCUAAAAAGACAUUAGUCAAAUGUGAAAUAAAGAUUAUUAUACAAUUAAUUAAUUUAUUAACACGAAGUGAAAAAUGGGCAACAGAUCUAGUCUCUUGCUUCGCGAGGAAGAAAUCGCACAAAUUCAGGAAGCUACUGGUUUUACGCCAAAUCAGAUCGAACGAUUGUAUAGCCGUUUCACGAGUCUCGAUCGUGGAGACUGUGGGACGUUGAGCAGGGAGGAUUUCCUCAGAAUCCCAGAGCUGGCUAUCAAUCCUCUUGGCGAGAGAAUCGUCAAUGCUUUCUUCGACGAAAGUGGCAACGAUAGAGUGAACUUCUUACAGUUCAUGCAAGUGUUGGCUCAUUUCAGGCCGAUUAAAAAGAACAGCCCGAACAGAUUGAACUCUAGACAAGAGAAACUUAAAUUUGCCUUUAAAAUGUAUGAUUUGGACAAUGACGAUUUAAUAUCGAAAGACGAACUGUUAGCUAUCUUGCAUAUGAUGGUCGGUGCCAAUAUUAGCGAGGAACAAUUAACUAGCAUCGCGGAGAGAACGAUAAUGGAAGCUGAUGAAAACGGUGACGGUAUGAUCUCAUUUGAUGAAUUUUCCAGAGCACUGGAAAGAACAGACGUCGAGCAAAAGAUGUCUAUACGGUUUCUCAGUUAAUUCUUUGCAUCCGAACGUUUUAACAAUGCACAUGGUGUCAGGUAUAUGUACAAAGAUUUACCAUAUUUAAUAACAGUAAGUAAAUGCAAUGAUUGGAGUUGUUUUCUACACCUCCGUUUACUUUACACGGGACUUCUGUUUAUACAUUCCAAGGAGAAAUAAUAUACUUCUAAAAUAAUAUAUUAUUGAAACGUCUGCAAUUUUAAUCGAUACAAAAUAAUACAAUUAUGUAUCGGUGUAUAGUCGUUUCAUGAUUUAUCAACUACAAAUUCUGUAGUUACCGUAGAUUCGUAAUCUUCCGUUUACAUUUAAUUUCUGGACGCUCUCUUUUACUGUUCUGAACGAACGCCCUAUGAGCACAUUUAUGACUGUUGUGAUACUAUCGAGAAAUGAGAUAUCGUUGAGACGAUAGGAAACAUAGAUGUAAAAUAUCCAUUACGUUAGUGCUAUAUAUUUCGUUUGUACAGUAAUUAUACUUUGAAAAAUAUAUCGAAGAGUUACAUUUAA